AUGGCCCUUCAACCAUAUAAUUUCGAACCAACAGUGGAUGAUCUGGGAACAGAUAUCCAACCACAAAAUGUAAAUAAUUCAUUUUUGGAAAUCGACGUUAGUGGACGAUCAAAAGUGGCCAACAUAAAUAAUUGGUGUACGUGCGAAAAAUGUUGCAUUUUUAGUAACGAUAUUGAGUGUGUUUGUUGUGCCGAAUUUGAAAAAGUUACAUCUUUACGAUCGGGACAUAAGUGUAUAACAGAGAGUGAUUUGUUUAAAAAAAUAAUUUUAGACGAAGACAUACUAAACAUUACCCGUCAUCAAAUUAUUCUAAAAACAAAAAACAAAUCUAAAAAGAAAUUACUCACUAUGUCAAUUUUAUCAAAUAGUUCAUGGAGGUUCAUUUGUUACACACAAUAUACGCAUUGGAUUAAUUCGUGGUCUUCAUUGGGAAAAGGUGUACGAGUUGUUAUUCCAGCCUGUGUUGUAAAAACUAUUAGAGAGAAAUACCCAGAAGUGAAUGGAGUUUAUGUUGGAUUCAAAAAUGGAAGUAAAUUACCCAAUUAG